GUGAGCUUCUGAGCGUUUUCAACCUCAAGACAAUCUCUCUGUGUCUUAAAAUUGCAACCAAAGUCAUAUUUGCCCCUGCCCAGAGGAUCAGGUAUGCGCUUUCUCUUUUCCCCUGCCCAGAUAUCUCAUUUGAGCAAUUUCAGGAGUCUAGUAUUGUUUGAGUUAUAAGCGGGUAAAAUCCAUGCUUGCAGGCACAAGUGCAGAAACUCUAAUGAAAAAGAGAGAGAAAUGGAGCCAGAGAACUAUGAGCGAGAACCACAAGAUGAUAGAGCACAUAGUAUGAAGAAGAAGAAGAAGAAGAGAAAGAGAUUAGAUGUUAAGAUGGAGAUUCUCUCUGAACACCCAAACAAGAUUGCUCCUUUGGUGGGUUAUUUUCCCUCUGGCUUCGACCCUGAAAAGAACCAAGAAGAUGAUGAACCUAGGGUUUCGGUUUUCAGAAAUAAAGUUAGACCCAAUCGACUGCAACUCGUUGUUAGCCCUAAUGGUUCGAAUGUGAACUUCGUUGGUACCAAUUACACUGGUGAAGCGACUGCGGCUCAGGUCUGCACUUACGCACUGGGAAUCCUCGAUAAGGAGACAGAAUCGCUAAAGAUAGUUCCCGUUGCAUCUAAUAAGAUAUUUCGAUUGGAACCAAAGGUUGGAGGGUCAAAAAUCUGUGAUGAGGAGCCUGAAGAAAUCGUUGCAUCAGAAACGAAGGCAGAUAAAAUAAAAGAUCUGACUAACCUGUAUGGUACGAAGAAGGCAAAAGCUCGGGCUCACAAAUUGGAGUCCUUGAAUCAAAAGGAAGAUCCCAGUGCUCAGGGAGACAUGGCCAGAAAAAUUGAGGGUCUUGUGAUAAACAAGGAGGAUCUGGAAAAUUCCAGUUUAUGUACUGCUCGGAAUAUCCCACCUCAUGAUUCCACUGCAACGAUACCAGAAAAAGCUUAUCCACUGGAGAAUAUUAUUUUCAAAGGGGAAUGGGAUUACCUUCUAGAUGUCCUGGAGCUCCUGCAAUCAGGAGCAGAACUAAGACCCAAUUCAUAUCCAAGUUUUGUCUGCAAUCGAAUUCAUAGACUACGGGAGAUCCAGGAUGAGACAGAGAGGAAGAUGCUUGCUUGCAUUUUCUCAUUCAUGACUCAUCUCUUAAAGUUCAAAGAUCAACGAUCUGUAGACAAUGCUGCUUCAGCAAAGCAACAUAAAAUCCCGGCCAUCCUACGUCAGAAAUUCUUGAAGAUGUUUGAAGAUGGUUCAUUCAGGCUGUCAGAUGAGAAGAUCAAUCUUCUUAUAAGCUAUGUCCUGGUGUUGACACUCUUUGUUGAUAACUUCCAGACGGACCUGUCUGAUAUUGCGAAGGACUUGAGGAUGACUCCUGUUUCCUUGAGACAGCAUUAUGAGAAUUUGGGUUGCAAGCUCUCACGUGUCAAUCAAAUAUUGUUGGUUACCCUUCCUGUGCCUCUCCAAUUCCCGAAGCAGAGGACACAAAGGCGGAGAAAGUAGCUUACUAAUCUCUCUCUUGGUUUGUGUGUUGGGACUAGUUGCAACUUUCUUAUUCAGUUUAGUUUGUUCUCAGAAUAGGUAAUGGGUGAGAAAAGGAUUUAUUGAUUUUUUUCCAUCUAGUUUCC